AUGAACGAGCUCCACUUCUUUUCCUUGCUGUGCUCCUCCGCUGGCCUCGCAGCGGCGGCUGUGGGAUUUGCUGGAGCUGGCAACCCGAAAGCGCAGUUUCCGCAUUGGCUUUGGCUGAGCCGGGUGUUUGUGCUGCUUCCUUUCCUGCUGGCCGCCCGGCAGGCGCUGCGCCCGGACAGCUGCGAGGCUUUGGCCGUGCGCCUCUUUCAGGAGAGCGCGGCAACAGCUGGAGGUGCUGCAGAAGGGGCAGGAGGUGGAGCUGGUGGUCAAGACCGUCAGCUUCAUUUGAGUGAAGCUGGUUGA